AUGGAAAAGCUGUUUCUCUUGAUAGUGACAAUGACAGCGGCAGUAAGUUAUCCAAGUGCUAAGUGUUUCGUGCUAAUUUCAGCCUACACGAUUGAAUCUCCACAAUUCAGAGUGGUGCACUUAGAAUCUGAUUUUGAAGUAAGAUUGUACGAAGAAAUGUCCUGGAUGUCUGCUCUUGUCUAUGGGACUUCCUUUGAGAAUUCCACCAGAGAUGGCUUUCACAGGUUGUAUCAGUAUAUUCAUGGGGAUAACCUUAACGCUACCCAAUUUUUAAUGACUGCUCCUGUUUUAACAAGCGUCACCCCAUCAGCCCACGGGUCUGCAUAUAUUGUAAGGUAUUAUCUGCCUCCAACAUUUGACCAAACGUCCCCUCCACAGCCCUCCGCUGAAUUGAAUUUGCAGUUGGACAAGUGGGAGAGUCACUGUAUUGCAGUCAGAAUGUUUCCUGGAUAUGCCAGGGACGACAACGUCGACAAAGAGAAAGAUGCUCUGCUUUCUAGCCUUGGUAAACAUUUGCCAGGGUUAAAGCAAGCAGCGGAAAACAACUAUAACUACAGCAUUGCGCAGUACAAUGCUUCAAAACAUCCCACUGGGCGCAUAAAUGAGGUGUGGAUGGAUGUAUCAGGUUUCGCCGCAGAGGGCUGUCCAGUCUAGCUAUAACAGCUAGUAGCAACAAUUAUCAAUAAAUUUGCUUGU